AUGAGCACCAUGAAGAAAACCCCAGUGCCUCUACCAGGCUCUAAACCGAAGUCAAAACCUCAAGCUAGCUCAUCGAAACCGCAAUUGAGUCAAGAGUUUGUCAACAGCGAUGAUGAUUCUCCCAGCGAGAGCACCGCGCAGCCGAAGAAGGCCGAGAAGCCCAAAACCACCAUCGGGAUCCACGUAAACGGUGUUGCCAAGAAGAAGACGAAGCCCAGCAAAAAAGACGCGCCUGCUCUUAAACCAACGCCGAAAGCCAAGGUCGCACCUGUAAAACCGGCGCCGAAGCAGACCGUAACACAAAAGGAUGUCUCAGACUCGUCGAGCUCAGAUGAAUCCGACGAUAGUGGAGAUGUACCGAUGAAGGAUAUACAAGCGAAGGUUCCAGUAAAAGAGAAGGGCAAGGAUGCUUCGAGCGACAGCUCGGACAGCUCUGGUUCAGACAGCUCUAGUGACGAGUCUGACUCCGACGAUGAACCGCAACAGACACCAAAACCUGCGUCAUCUCAGGCUCAAUCCCGACAGACAACAACAACAACAACAACAACAACAACACAAACCCAUGCUGUAGAAUUUCAGUCAACACAGACAUACGUGCCCCCAAAAGGAUUCACUGCCGUGCCAGUGAACUCCACGACCGCAUCGAAGUCAGCAGGGUUGUUCGAUAACCUGGAGGGCAAACAAGUAUGGUAUAUGACAGCUCCUGGUGGUGUCUCAUUGAAAGAUCUAGAGGAGCUCGAGAUGGAGAAAGUCAUGGACGGAGAGGCUGUACUGAGCUACAAGGGCAUCGAUUAUAACUGCCCCCAAAUGCAAAAGAGCGAAGAAGUUGAACAUCAGAAUACGGGCUCAGAAGCAGCGGCAUCUAUCACACGGUCUACGAUUCGUGCACCAAAGCCGCAGGUCAAAGGAUUGAAGAUGCGCUUCCUGCCAACUGGGUUCAGCGGUGACGAUGGAGGCAAUCUCGGCGAUUCGGAAAGCGAGAGUGAAAAACUGCGAGAGCCAGCGGGACUCGGGAUGCCAAACGGACUCAACCUACCUUCCAAGAAACAGAAGAGGAAGCACGCUGAUGUGAACGGUGAUGCGACUGAAGUUCCAGCGAAGAAGACUAAAAAGCACCGAACUCCAGAGGAGGAAAAGAGGAAGGCAGAGAAGAAGGCGCGGAAAGAGAAGAAACGUGCACAGUAG